AGAGAAAGUGACGAGCGAUUCGGUGUGCAGAGUUCAAGUGAAAUUAAGUGAUAAUCCAGAAACUACAAUUGGCGACGAGCGGGAGAAGGAACCGGGAGCUGAUAAGAUGGAUGAAAGUCGACCAUUGCCAAUGUUCAGGUGUGAACAAAUAGAAAACAGCAAGCUAGCAAAAGAAUGGCGUGAGUGGAAAGAUUCGCUGGAGUUUUAUUUUGAUUCAUACCAAAUAACUGACCAGAAAAUCAAACGAUCUAAAAUGUUACAUUUCGGAGGUCCUCAACUCCAAAGGGUGUACAAGAGUUUGGAGGGUACUGAAGAUUUUCCGUUGGUAAUGCUGGAAAAACCUUGGUAUGACACAGCAAUUGAAAGGUUAGACGCUUAUUUCAAACCGCGUCGCCAAGACGUCCUAGAAAGGCACAAAUUGAGAUCGAUGAAGCAAGGUAUCAACGAAAGUUUUGCCCACUACGUUCUGCGUCUACGCCAACAAUUGGUGGACUGCGGGUUCGAGAAAUAUUCGAAAGAAGUACGCAACGUUUUGGAGGAAAUAAUGCUCAUCGACGUAAUUGUUGAAGGAUGCAAUUUGCCAGAGCUUAGAAGAAAAAUUCUUGAAAAGGAUCAAUCUUUAUCAGAAAUUGAGUCCUUGGGUACUUCGCUGGAAAGUGUUCGCCUCCAGGAAAAAGAAUUUAAAGGAGGAAUCAACGAUGAUGGACGUGGGCAUUCAACGAUUUGUAAAGUAAAAACUUGGCAACCAAAAGGGGAACACCAGCAAGGACGAACUAUGAGAAGAAUGGAUUUUAGUUCUCGCAAAAUGACCAAUAGAGAGGCUGAUAUAGUUUGCUAUGCUUGUGGAAAACACGGUCACAUAUCGAAAGCUCCAUCAUGUCCUGCAAUUGACCAGCAUUGUCGAAGAUGCCAAAAGCUUGGACAUUAUGAAAAGGUCUGUCGAAAACGUGGUUUUAGUUCCCAAUCAACCAAUCUUGUAAAGAAAGUGGCAGCAAUUGAAGUCGACGCAAAAAUGUCUUCCCAGCAACACAGCCUGGAAGCCCCAAAACCAUCACAAGAUUCUGAAAAGAAGGUAUACUACACGUUCUAUACGGGAAGUGAAACGAACUUGUUCCAGUGUAAAAUCGGCAAUGUUGCGAUGGAGGUUUUCAUCGAUUCAGGUUCGGAUGUGAACAUAAUAACUGUUGAGACAUGGGAAGUUUUGAAAGCCCAAGAUGUAAAAAUAUCUAGAUGCGAUAAAGGAAGUGAUAAAAUACUCAAGGCCUAUGGCAGAAACGAGCCACUCCCAAUCCUGGGAACAUUUGAAGCCGUCAUCGAAAUCGGAAAGCGCUCUAUUCAAACCAAGUUCUACGUUGUAGCCGGCGGGCAAAGGAAUUUGCUGGGAGACGAAACCUCAAAGAGUCUAGGUAUUUUGAAGAUCGGAUUGGAAGUAAACCAGGUCAUGGAUGUGGCCGACUUGAAACGUUCGGCAUUUUCGAAAAUAUCCGGCGUACAAAUUCGUGUUCUUAUGGAUCCGAAAGUGGUGCCAGUUUUUCAACCAUUACGACGAGUACCAAUUCACCUCGAGAUGGCAGUAACGGAGAAAUUAGAAGAACUUUUAAGACGGGAUAUAAUCGAAGCGAAGAGAGGACCAGCUACUUGGGUAUCACCACUUGUGGUUGCAAACAAGGCGAACGGCUCGAUCAGAUUAUGCGUGGAUUUGCGACGUGUCAACCAGGCGGUCAUCCGCGAUCGACAUCCGAUGCCGGUGAUCGAAGAUGUUCUCGCCAAGAUAGGAAGAGGAAAGAUCUGGAGCGUAUUGGACAUCAUGGAUGCGUUUUUUCUGUUGGAGCUUGAUGAAGAAACUAGGAACGUAAUGACAUUCAUCACUCAUCGUGGUCUCUACCGUUUCAAGCGUCUUCCAUUUGGUCUAGUUUCUGCACCUGAAAUUUUUCAACGUACCAUGGACGAGAUUCUAGCAGAUUGUGAGGGGGCUUAUUGGUACCUGGACGAUAUUGGAGUAGAGGGCAGCACGAUUGAAGAACAUGAUUCACGGUUGAACAAGGUAUGAGACUAUUGUUCGAAACUCGCUUUUUGGGAAUUAAUAAAUAAAUAAAUGAAAACAUAAAACCUGUUACAUAUUUAUUUAAUUCUUUCAUAUCAUUUGUUGUGGUUUCAGGUUCUUCGAAGGUUCAAGGAAAGGGGAGUUGUGUUGAAUUGGGAGAAAUGUAAAAUAAGAGUGACCGAUUUUGAAUUUCUGGGGUAUAAAAUCUGCGCUCAGGGCAUAAUGCCGUCAAAUGCUAAACGAGACGCCGUUAUGGAUUUUCGUCGUCCUGAUAAUGAGAGUGAGGUUAGAAGUUUUUUAGGCCUUGCUAAUUAUAUGGGCAAAUUUAUACCGAAGUUAUCGGAAAUGGACGAACCACUUAGAAAGCUCAUAC